CUUGUUCCAUAUACCUUCCGUUUCCUGUUUUUCAGUAUUGUAUAAUCCCUUGUUUUAUUGUGGUAACAGAGUGAUGGUCCUGCUAUGUGGGUUAAUGGGUCUGGCUCAAGAUCAAUGUUAAGCUUGUUUUUUGGAAUUUUGUACUGUGCUCAUCUAUUGUUAAGGUUUGGUGAUGUUCUCGUCGACUACGUGAAUGGCUGGCAGUGCUGACCUUACUCUCCCUUCCACCGGGUCCAAAAGCGCGAUGAACAACAAUUCAGAAGCAAGGGGGUUACUAAUGGCGCCUAAAGUCCCAAAGUCAAUACCGGUACUACUGUCAUCACAAGCUGAGGGAGAAAACAUUCAUCGGAGGCCACGUGGCAGGCCAGCUGGCUCAAGAAACAAGCCCAAGCCGCCCAUUAUCAUCACCCGGGACAGUGCUAACGCCCUUCGAGCUCACGCCAUGGAGGUGAGCUCUGGAUGCGAUGUAAGUGAAAGCUUGGCUAACUUUGCACGGCGGAAGCAGCGAGGCAUCUGCGUGCUCAGCGUGACUGGCUGUGUCAUGAACGUCACGCUGCGCCAACCGGCCUCAUCAGGGGCAAUUGUGACCCUCCAUGGCCGGUUUGAGAUACUGUCACUGCUCGGAUCUAUCUUGCCUCCGCCGGCCCCACCUGGGGUCACAGGCCUAACCAUUUACAUUGCAGGGGCACAAGGUCAGGUCGUUGGUGGGGUUGUGGUGGGGGCACUUAUUGCUUCAGGACCUGUCGUAAUCAUGGCUGCAUCGUUCAUGAAUGCCACUUUUGAUAGGUUGCCAUUGGACAAUGAUGAAGUGGCUGCUGCUGCUGCAGUGCGUCAGCAGCAGCAUCACAUCGACGUGUCAGAUAUUUAUGGGGUGCCACAAAACAUGCUAGGAAAUGGGGCACUGCCACCGCAAGUGUAUUCAUGGGCACCAGGGCGAACACUGUCAAUGACCUAGCUUAGAUCAGUUUGGAUAGGUCUAAAGUCGUUCAUUUCAAUUUGACAAAUGAUUUACAAAUGUGUUGUUUUUAUUAAUAUUUCAGUCAUGGUUGUAUGCAUUUUGGAAAUUAUUAGAAGUUACUUGAGUAACAUAUUAUAGCUCAA